AGGGUGGAGUGAUGGCUGUGUUGGGCCCAGCGUCUGGUGUCCAGAGAUGAUAGAGGUGACCUCAGAGUCACCUUUAACCCCUGACCCCCACCACAACCCCUGAGAGCGAGCUGAAACUGAUCACACACACAGGCUGCAGUGGGGUCCUCUUCCAAAUGACUCCCUCAGGCCUGAAGACUGUUUCACUGCAGCCACAGGCCUGAAGACUGUUUCACUGCAGCCACAGGCCUGAAGACUGUUUCACUGCAGCCACAGGCCUGAAGACUGUUUCACUGCAGCCACAGGCCUGAAGACUGUUUCACUGCAGCCACGGGCCUGAAGACUGUUUCACUGCAGCCACAGGCCUGAAGACUGUUUCACUGCAGCCACAGGCCUGAAGACUGUUUCACUGCAGCCACAGGCCUGAAGACUGUUUCACUGCAGCCACAGGCCUGAAGACUGUUUCACUGCAGCCACAGGCCUGAAGACUGUUUCACUGCAGCCACAGGCCUGAACAACAGCCAGUCAUGACAUCAAGCAUAGGGGAUGAUUCUAGCAUCUUCGACGGGUCGAUGGAUGAAGAUGACAAGGACAAAGCAAAACGCGUGUCCCGUAACAAGUCGGAGAAGAAGAGACGAGACCAGUUCAAUGUCCUCAUCAAGGAGCUGGGCACCAUGUUGCCUGGCAUCACACGCAAGAUGGACAAGUCCACCAUCCUGCAGAAGAGCAUCGACUUCCUGUGUAAACACAACGAGAUCUCUGCUCAGUCUGAGUCCAGUGAGAUCAGACAGGACUGGAAACCUCCGUUCCUUAGCAACGAGGAGUUCACCCAGCUCAUGCUGGAGGUGAGAUACACAACAUUACCCUACUAUUACUACUACA